AUGGAAUAUUUGGCCGCCGAAGUACUCGAACUGGCAGGAAAUGCAGCCAGGGACAACAAGAAAACUCGUAUCAUUCCGAGACAUCUUCAAUUGGCCAUAAGAAACGACAAGGAUUUGAACAAACUCUUGUCAGGAGUGACCAUCGCACAGAGUGGUGUGCUGCCAAACAUCCAAGUUGUUCUUUUGCCCAAAAAGACAGACAAUAAGGCCAAGUGA